UUUUGUCAUUGUAGACGAAAUAGAUUUAGGAGUGUUAUCUGUAAUGUAAUUAUAAAAUUUACUUUCAUAGAGGAAUUUGUUAAGGAAAUUAGGAGACAAAACAUUUCUUAAAGAUCGAUAUAACUUAUAACAGGCAGAAAAGUUUAAGUUGUUAGUAAAAUAAUGAUUGAAUGUUAAGAAUUACGUGUUCUAUAUACAUGAAUAUGAACAUAUGUACAUAUCUACAUACAUAUGUAUAUCUCCACUUGAUAGAGUAGAGUUCACAGUUAAUAAAGCCGAUCAAUAUUUUAUGUACGCAUAUUACAAAUCUAGUAAACUAAGAAAACACACAUACAUACAUAUGUACAAAAAUUCUUUGAAGAUUAUAUAAACUAGAAAACCCAAACAAAAAACAAUAACAAUAAAAAGGAAGGUACUUAGCAACGGAGUUGCCUUACUCUAUUUGCCAUAUAUUAUUAUCUUUUACACCACACAGUCGUCAUUAUGGUGCUCAUUACCGAAAAACUAGUUCGCAAAAAGUCUGAACACAAUGAGCGUCUAAUCAGCAUUCUGGAGGAAAUCUCCUUGCACCAGGAGGACAUCGAGGUCAUAGACCAUAUUCAGAACUGGUGUCGCGACCUGAAGAUUCUGCUCCUUCAAUCUAAUUUGAUUGCCCGCCUGGAGAACUUGCACAAACUGAAGCGGUUGGAGUAUUUAAAUGUGGCCAUCAAUAAUAUUGAAAGAGUUGAGAACCUGGAGGGCUGCGAGUCGCUGACCAAACUAGAUCUUACUCUGAACUUCAUAGGAGAACUAACCAGCUUGGAGUCGCUAUGUGACAACCAUAAUCUCCGUGAACUGGUACUCAUUGGAAAUCCCUGCGUGGACUACCCUCACUACAGGGAUUAUGUGAUUGCCACAUUACCACAACUGAAUAGCUUGGAUUGCGUAGAGGUUACACUUUCGGAACGCCUCCAAGCAUUGAGAUCAUUACCCAAGAACCGGGCCAUAAUCGUCAAAAAGCAGGCGGAUCAGGCCAUUGAAAGAGAUGAACAGCGAAUCAGAGUGGGGCAGCAGCAGUCCACCUUGGCGGAACAUUGUGCGAGAAUCGAGGACGAAGAGGAACGAAUCAAAGCCUUCUGGCAGGCGAAAAGCGAGCACUGUCCAGAAAUUCGCAUGGAGAUUGCCCGGCAACAUCGAUUGGGCCGAGAGCGUAAUGAAACCAAGUCUCAGCUCGAUCCUCCAAAACGGGAUCGCAGUCUUUUCGCUCCAUGCGGCAGACCCUACAAUCUAAACCAGGGCAAGCUGCCCUUUAACUUUCAGGACGAGGCCGAUUAUUACUUACUGCAACUGGAAGUCUAUAAACAUCUGGAUACCUCUCUAAUUGACGUGAAUGUUCAGCCCAUUUACACUAGGGUCACUGUUAAGAAAAAGAUCUUUCAGAUAACCUACUAUGAGGAAGUCAAGCCGGAUCAGUCCACCAUACAGCGUUCUCAGAUUACAGGUCACCUUAUGAUCAAGCUUAAGAAGCUAAAUGUGAACGAACUGCUAAUUUAUAAGAAAGGUUCAGCGAAAAGUCUUGCCCCGUCUGAUGCCGGAAAAAUUGUCGGAAAUCUAGAGGACAAACUCCGAGGAAUCGUGGACAUCAGCAACAUUUUUCCACCCAGCGAUGUUCCCGAUUUAAUAUAAGAAAGAUCAUUAUUGAAAAAUUAUUUAUUUAAAUAUUUGUCUGUUUCGGUUUUUCUUCAACUCAUCGUUCGUUUCGUUUCUUUGUUUGGUUUUGGUAAUCCAUUCUUCAAUCAAUUAGCUUUCUGGUAACCUCAUCAGCCUGGUCAGAUAUUUAUAUAUACGCGCUUGCAUGUGUGUUUGUAUACAUAUAUGUAUAUUACAUAUAUAAAUGUAGCUAUAAUGCCCAUAUAACGUAAAACGGACUAUGCAAUAAAAAGAAAAACAAAAAGAAUGAAACUAGAGUACGUCGUAACUUACCGAUUAUGUUCUUUGCUGAAACCAUAAUCAACAAAAUUGUCUGAUCUAUGGGUAUAAACGUAUUAAAUACAAAAAAGGAUUAUGUA